GGGAAUGGCAUUGUUGAACGUUACAACAGAACCUUAGGUAACAUGAUACGAGCACUUCCUCCCCAGUCCAAGUCAAGAUGGCCUCAGAUGCUCCGAAUGCUAACAUUCUGCUACAACUGCACUGAGCAUGAAACAACUGGGUUUGCACCGUUUUUCCUUAUGUUUGGCAGGAUCCCGCGCCUGCCCAUUGAUGUGGUUUUCCAGCACGCUCUGUCAAAUGGCCCAGUUGUAGACCAUCAUGAGUUUGUCUCCCGCCUCAAACAUGACCUCUCUGUGGCUGCCCGCAUUGCUCAACAAAACAGUUCAUCUGAACAAGCCCACCAAGCAAUGUACUACAACCGCAAAGCUAAAGGUUCUCCUCUCGAUGUGGGUGACAGAGUUUUGGUUGCUAAUCGUGGUGAGCGAGGGAAGAGGAAAAUUGCAGACAAAUGGGAAUCAACAGUAUAUGAAGUGGUGUCUGUGAAGCCUGAUAUAAAUGUGUAUUGCAUCAAAGAUCCUGUCACAUCAAGGACAAAGGUUCUCCACAGAAACCUUCUACUUCCUGUCAACUUUCUCACUGCUGCUGCCGUUUCUGCUGUUGCAGACCAUUCCCCUUGCCCUUCCACAGCGGGAAGUGGACUCUCUGACCCUAUUGUGCCUGAUGAAGUACAGGACAAUGAAACUAAAACUGUGAACUGGCUUUUGCAAAUGGAGGACAAUAGUUGUAUGGAUGAAGUUGUAAAUCACCCUGACUGUGCUUCUGACAUUCCAGUACGUGGUUCUUCACUGGACAUUGUGUGUCCUACCUCAAGUGAUGUGACCAAGGAUUUGCCUGAACCUGAUCUCCCUGGAUCUGUUGCACUGUCAGACUCUCCUGAACCAGUUUCCAACCUUACAACUGCAGCUGUCCUCUCUGAGCCCAUUCAGCAUGAUCUUUCAGCUGAACAUAGUACUGACACAAAACUGGACUUGCCUGCGACUGAUGUUGUUUGCACUCAGCCGUCUCGGCUUUGCACUAGGUCGGGUAGGCCUGUUAAGCCUCCAGCCAGACUUAUAUGUGAAAUGAAUGAACAGGUUGUGGAUGAUUCAAUGUCAACUGUGGACUCUCUGUUUUCCUUUGUAAGGACCAUGUUUGCAGGGUAGAUUUGUGUUGUUUCAAAGUUUUUUUGUUUUGUUUUUUUUCCUCAGUGACUGCUUUGUAGAGCAAUGGUUGUAUGUCAAAAGGUGUAAAUGGCAUCUUUUGGGUCUGUGUUGGUAAGAGUAAUGGCCGCACUUUUGCUAACAUUAUUCCUCAUGGAUAGUUUUGAACUGAUGUGACUACUAUGUGCUCUUUUUAUUGCACUUUUAUUUUAGUGCUGUGUGUACUUGUUUGAUAGAACCCCAUUUUAGCAGAAUUUACAGGGGGUGUAUGUAACAUAGUUGAAAUGGUUCAGGUUAAAUCCUGCUAAAAUGCACCAUCUGCUGGUAAAACGGGGUAUUGCAUUCACCCUAGAAAGAGCGGGGUAUUAUGGGUAAUCCUCAGAGCCAUGAGGAUCACUGUCGAGGAGUUUCUUUCAUGCCAGAGACUGACUUUACCUCGGUGCCCAUGUGUGAAAUGCAGAGCCAUGAGGAUCACUGUCGAGGAGUUUCUUUCAUGCCAGAGACUGACUUUACCUCGGUGCCCAUGUGUGAAAUGCAGGUAUGAAAUAAAGAAAACAACUGAUGCCA